CUGAAGGAAAGGCAGCCAGAGAGAGUUGAGGAGGAGGAGGAGGAGGAGAAAGGAAGGAACAGCAAGGAAAGGAAGGUGUGGUGGAGGAAUUUCCCCCCAGCUGGAGGAGGAAAGAGCCUUUGCAGGAGUGGGAGGGUGGGCUGUGGCCGCUGUCCAGCUGCUCUGCCUUGAAGCUCUUUCGGUUUGUCAGCAAGCAGGCUUUCUGGGGCAGCUCUCCACUUCCCGGCCUUCGGGCCUUUGGAAAGGAGAAGGUCAGGAUCCCACCACCAUGGCCUUCACUAUGCUGCGACCCAUGGCAGCCCACAUGCUCUACCCAGACCUCAGCUUGCUGUCGGAGGAAGAUGAGGAGAACCGGAGUGAAAGUGAUGCCUCGGACCAGUCCUACGGAUGCUGUGAAGGCCAUCGGAAGGGGUCCAGGAAGUCUGGUCCAGUGGUGGUGGUCAAACAGCGGCAAGCAGCCAAUGCCAGAGAAAGGGACCGGACCCAGAGUGUCAACACCGCCUUCACGGCCCUCCGGACCCUCAUCCCCACGGAGCCCGUGGACCGGAAGCUGUCCAAAAUCGAGACCCUGCGCCUGGCCUCCAGCUACAUCUCUCACUUGGCCAAUGUUCUGCUCCUGGGAGAAGGGUGUGAAGAUGGGCAACCUUGCUUCAGUGCCAUCUACGGCGGCAAAGGAGAGGUGGAGGCCAAGCAGCCAAGGAGCAUUUGCACCUUCUGCCUCAGCAACCAGAGGAAAGGGAACAGCCGCCGGGAACUUGGCAGGAGCAACUGCUUGAAGGGGAGAGGAGAGAACCAUCUCAAGGUGCUGCAGAGAUGACCUGAGACUGAGGCCAGGGUCUGUCCUAGAAGCCUGACCGAGGUGGGAUCCGAUCCGCACCUUCGACAACCGCAUUUCGUGUUUUCAACAGGGGUGGGGACGGGGAUAACGUUUAAAGAUGGAAAGACCCCAAGUUGACAGGAAAGCCCUACUUUGUGGACUCCAGGGAGAUGCAGGAUGGGGUGGGAGAUGCCCCCUGGUAUCGGACUGCAAGGGACAUGGAGGAAUUGGGACAUGCCUAGGAGAAGGGGAAAAUAUGUCCAUUCCUAGGACAUCUGGUCCAUCCUCAGGGAAACUCGUCCUCCUCUGGCAUCAGGCCAAAGAAGGACAUCCUGAACUUGGAAAUAGCAGAGGUGUGUCCAUGCUGGUGGCGGCACAUGGAUCUCUCCCCUUUUCCAAAAGGACAAAGUGGAAAUAUAAAGUUUUAUCAAGACUGGGCAUCUUUGGCUGGUCUGUAUGGUCACACUGUUGUAAUUGUCUUUCUUUCCUUGUUCAGCAGGCUUGAAAAAUAAAGUAUUUUUUUCCCUC